CUCAUUCGUUCGAUCAUUGGUCACGGUUUUAGUUCGUCGUCACGUUCAGCAGUACGAAGAUCGUUUCGAUCAAUUUCAUACUCUGGUUCUAAUUAAUAUUGGCGUCAUGGAUAGACGAGUGAUUUUAAUUUUUGUGGUGAUGUUUUGCUGUUUGUUUGAAAGUUCUGAAGCUCGGGCUUUCUCGCUGCGAGUUAAGCGUCAAGAUAUAAUGUUCAAAACCUAUGAACAGGAAGAGUACAAAGAUUUCGCCGACCGAAUGAAGCCUCCGCCAAAUCGGCGACAGCCAUUGGUGCCUGGGCGUGUUCAAAGCAGUGUUGCCAACACUGGAUCCCAGACGCUGGUCAAUGAACAUGGAGCGGUUUUGCAGCAAACUGCCGGAGCUAGUCAAUCGGCCAAUCUGGCUUCGGAUCGAACCAGUGGACAGUUGAGUGCAGCGAAUACCCAACAACAAAGCUUCCAGGAUGGAAACAACUUCCAGAGUCAGAACAGUGGCCAGAGUCAAUCGGCCAACUUCGGCAAGGAACAUCAGAUCCUUUCUAAUGCCAACACCAAUACCAAUACGCUGAAACAGGAUGGCAACAUUCGGGAACAGAGCGAAGGAGGAGCAGGAACAUCUGUAGUCGACAAACACGGAAGUCAGUCCAGCCAGGCUCAAACAAACAGUGAAUCCUUCAAGGGUGCCGAUCGCCAGGGAACGAAAACUUCCGGUUCCAGUCAGUCGCUGCAAAUUGGAAACGAUGGCCGAACCUCGGGAGCAAACAGCAACACCGGAUCGGAAACCGUAGAACUGGCCGAUGGAAGCAAGAUUACAAAAUCGUUCAGUUCCUCGUCCAGCUUCCAGAGCAGUGGUGGUGUGAAAGCCGGUGCUUCGGCCAGUGGACUCUCUAGUAGUGGUUAAACGCGAAUAGUAUCGUUAUCAAACCCGAAUGUUUCGAAGGCAAAUUUAAACAUACUGACCUAUAUUUUUCCCCGGAUUAAGGUUAUCGAGUGAAGACUGAUUACGCACGAGUUGUUUGUUUAUGUCACAACAGGGAUUUUUGAGCUCUCUUUAAUUUAGCGAAACAGUAUACAAUUAAACAAAUAAAAGAAUAAUUUCAAAACAA